GUGGAAUGCAGGCUCUCCAGAGGGGUUUGCCAGCCCUUCCGUCUCCGUGCAGCACCAGAGCUCCACUGCUCUCACCCAGUCCAGCAGGAUCGGGAUGGUGGGCGCUCUGCGUGAGCAGUCACGUGACUCGUCUGCUGUCGCAACGGCCGCUGCGGCAGCAGCGCCCAACUUCUUUAGCAAGGUUUUUGCAGCCGGUGCUCAGGGCGCCACA